GAUGAAACAGUUUGUGGUGCUAGCCUUAAUCAGCUGCCUGGCCUUGGCCAGUGUCUGUGCCCAUCCGCUGGAGCCAGUCGAGCAGCAGCUUACACUCGAGCAGGUGGACGCUCCGGCCGGCAAUGAUGCUGACGGAGUGCGUCUUGCACGUCACUUUGGCGGCGGCGGCGGUUUCUGCUGCGGCGGCGGCGGCGGCUUUGGACGUCCCGGCUUUGGCGGCGGCGGCUAUGGCGGUUAUCCGGGCGGCGGCUUUGGCGGCGGCUAUCCCGGCGGCGGCUUUGGCGGCGGCUAUCCCGGCGGUGGCUUUGGACGCCGCGGCGGCGGCGGCUUUGGUGGCGGCAGUGCUUCAGCCUCUGCCUCGGCCUCAGCCUCAGCUAGCGGCAACUUUUAUGGCAAAUAGGCGAACUUGAUGUAAAAUCAAAACAAAUCACAAUAAAAAACAAAAAACGAAAAAACGAAAAAACAGACAAGCGCGCUUUUGAGACACAAAUAUGAAAUGUUGACGCCUUCUGGCAGCCGGUUUUGCGCUCGAAAAACAAAUAACAACAAAAAUAGCAUUAACAAUAAUACUAUUAAUCAAAAAAUAGCUGCCAAGUGCGAAGAUUUGAUUUUUUUUUUAACGCACUGCAAAAUAAUGUAAGACCCAGAAAUAUUCCAACGGGUUGCUCAAAAAAUUCCGUUGACUUCAAUUAAAAACUGCCCAAAAAAAAAUAUAUAACGUAAUACUCAUCA